AUGAGUAGAACUAAGACUGAAUAUGUGGAGUUCAAGUUCAGCGGUGUGCCGGGUGAAGCGGACAUGGACAUGAGGCUUGACUCUCAAGUCAUCCCCAAGAAAGGGAACUUCAAGUACCUGAGGUCGAUUAUUCAGGGGGAUGGGGAUAUUGAUGAGGAUGUCACGUACCGUAUAGGACUGGGGUGGAUAAAAUUGAGGCUAGCGUCUGGUGUCCUGUGUGAUAGGAAGGUGGUCGUGGCUCCCAUGGAAGACAAGAUGCGGGAAGCUAGGCUUAGAUGGUUCAGGCACGUGAAGAGGAGAAGCCUGGAUGCACCGUGCUGUGCCUUUGUUACUGUUAGUGCUACUACUUUGCUCUCUAUUUUCUGGUUAUUGUGUUACUGGUGUUAUCUUUUUGGAUUCCGUUUCUGUUACUGA